AAACGUCGGCCGCGCUUUCACGCCUGCACUGUGCGCAACUCCGUCCAAAUUCUGUGCCGGGGCCUUGAGCGUGCGCUGCGUGACAUGCACUCCAGCAUCACCAACCGCUAGCGCUGGACAGGGCCAUUCCCUCAUUUCAGCCAAUCAGGACCACGUCUGCAGUGCGGCGUGGCCUCCGCUGCCACCGCAGCCAUCAUGGACGACGAAGAGUCUGAGAGAGACUAUGACACAGACACGGUGGCGACUGCGUCGACAGUCUCGAGUACAAGCGGCGACAACGACAACCUCUACGAUGCGGAGCAUGUCUUGGCCGAGCAACUUUUUGAGAUGGAGGACGGGACCGACAAAACGCUCUAUCUAAUCAAGUGGCUAAAUUACCCUAUGCACAGGUGCACUUGGGAACCGAUUGAGCACCUUGAGGGGACCACGCUCAUGCCCGAAUGGGAAUACAAGAAGGAGGCAACGAGCGAGGAUAGCUUCGAGCAGUACUGCCACCACAACAUAGCUAGAUGCGAAGAGGCUGUGAGGGUGGCCAGCGCUAACAAGGCUCGGAGGAAAGAGAAACGAGCCAAGAAGCGGAGGGCGACUCAGUUGAAAGGGAAGAGGAGAGUCAUGCCCGUCGUCAGCGAGAGCGAGAGUGAUGAUGACAUUCCUCUCCUAAAGAACCAAAAGACCAGAGGCAAGCAAGUGCGUGCCGCUGCCACCCCGUCUCAGGUUCGACAAGCAGAAGACGAUACCUCGCUGUUCAUAAGCGACAAGGAGAAGCGCGUCUCUCGAAAACUUCCAAUUGAACAGUCAUCCGGAGAAAGUUCUGUUGCCAGCGACGACUCGCUUAUGCAGGAGCUUCGAACAAACGAAAAGAAACAGAAACAUAUCGGGAAACAGCAAGAGGGAAGACGAUCGAGAAGAGCUUCUCCAGCUAAAAGCACCGAAAAGUCGAAGAUACUGAAACUAAAGAUAUCCACUGAUUCAUUACGGAAGCUGAACGACGGCAGAGAUCCGCGGCAGGAAAGAGCUUCGAAACCUUCCGCAAAUGCCCCUAAGACUCUGCCUAGCGAGAAUGGAUCAAACUUGGCGGAUGCGGAAGUCAGGCGCGGUAAAGGACCAAGUGAGACUACAGCGACGCAGAGAAGAGGCAGCAAUUCCGCUAGUGCAUUAAAUGUGGCUCCCGCACCGGCAGCGGUUUCAAUUGCACCAAAGGUUGCUGGUCCUACCGCUGCGGCUCGGAACACCACAACUGGGCCGAAUGCAUCGAUGAAGAGGACCUCGUCUGCGAGCAAAGGCCCCCGCCCAAUUAGGAUGGUCAACCAGCCGAAAGCCCCUCUUAGAAAGGCAUGGCAAAAGAGCGACAAGCAGUACACAACGUUGCACUACCGGGCUGUGGCGGAUAAGCGUUCACGCGUUGAAGGGACUCCAGACCCAACUGCUUUGGAAUGGGUGAACGGUCCUCCGGAUGCGUUGGAGAAGAUCACGGAAGCUAGACCUCAAGCGCCAACGCCAAACGACAAUCCGUAUAGUCGUCGUGAAGUCGGACGUCGUCGGCUACAAGAGAUUGAUAUGGACGAUGCUCCUCAAGAGUCUUCGAAAAGCACGGCCGCCUUACAGCCUUAUGAGGUGGCGAAGGUUCCGCUCGUUUGUUUCGAAUGGAGAAACGGAACUUGUCGGUUCGGAGCAGAGAAGUGUCGCUUCCUCCACCGAGACAACGACCCUUCAGGACGUCCUUACAAGCUUGCGCCUUGGGAGGGACAAGUACCUCCGAAGUACUCUCGACCACCGGUGACGUGUUACUACUGGUUCAAAGGUGAUAAGGGCUGUAGGCAGUCCGCUGACGAGUGCAUGUUCGCUCAUGUGAAUACCGGGUUACUUGCGCAACUUCAAGGUCGGCUCCCCAUACCAAUCGACCCCUCAGAACUACCUGUAGGGGAUUUUCGCCCUCUCCCGAAGAACGCGAAUCCUCCAGUGACGUGCUGGUACUGGUUGCGGACCCGAGAAGGCUGCCAAAAGUCAGCAGACGUCUGCAAGUUUGCGCACUACAACACUGGAGUACUCGGAAACUCAGACCAACGCCCUUUCGAACAGAUUGAUCGUAGCGAAAUGCCUGUCCAUGUAACGGCUGCACCGCGCUUUUCAAUCCCCACAGGUCCAAGAUCAAGAUUGUUUCUUAAGCCGAAGGAGAUGACCUGCUUUUUCUGGAGUGAGGGAACCUGUAAACACUCCGAUGAUGAGUGCCAGUUUCAACAUCGUAAUAUGGGUAUCAUCGCUGAUCCACCCAGAGGAUAUAAGCCUAAGCCAGGCCGACGGUACCCUGUUGAGCACCAAGAGCCCGACCUGGGCCUCGUAUUCCCGGUAGGCGUAGGUUCUCGGCCAGUACCAGGGGCUGCUUCAUCCAGCGAGCCUUCGCAGCCUGUACGGGAUGUUUCCGGCAGUUUCACACCACCAGUGCAGCCAUCGGCAGUUAUCCCUCCGCCUCUAGCUGAACUGGUCACCACGCGACUUUCGUGUCUCGACUUGAAGCACAAGAUCCAAGCUGCUUGUAACCUGGACUUUGAGGAAAUGUUCAUCUACAACGGAGACGAGAAUGGGGAUACACCUGUCGACCGGAGGGCUUUUCUCAUCUUCCAUCCCGAAGAUCACGUGGAAGAACUGGAGCUGAUCACACGCUGGCUGUUGCUGAAUCAUGUGGAGGUGUACAAUCUCUGGUUUAAUGGCGCCUGGGAGUCCUUCAAGCACAAGCUGAUCAGUGGAGGGUCGGGUGUGAUCAUCGUUCAUCCGGAGUUCGACGGCUACUCAGAAAUACCAGACUUCGGCUCCAUACUCAAAGCCAAGGUCCGGUUCUGGUGCGUAGGGGUCCAAGAAGCGUAUGAAUACGACCCACAGGUGUCUACUUGGCCGCCCUUUUAUCGGUACGACCGCAUUGAGAUUUUUCCGCACGGCGGUCUCAUCUACCUAACGGACGAUGUUUUCGAGAAGAAACCGGUGGAGGCUCUUAAGAUCGUCGAGCUGUUCUUCGCCAAGAUAGAAAAAUGCAGACAGGUCGCGGGGCCUAUCGAUCCUGCAAAGCGCGUCGACGAUGGGUGUCUGCUGUGGCGCCUUGCUGUGCGUCCUGAGCUCAUGCAGAGCCUCUACGACAAUCUCAUGCAGCACGAAGCGGAAAUCACAGCUGGUGAUCCAUUGCACGUGAGCCGCCUCAAACUCUACGAGCUCCUCCAGCGCACCGGCUACAUCGAGCAAGACGACCCUGGCCCCUUCAACCCCCGACCCGACGACUACUUCCCUAUCAUCUCCGAGCGGGGCGACAUUAUGCACCACCUCUACUACCCGGCACUCGAGCGCGCGCAAGAAGAAGCCAACUUUAAGAUGGUCGAGUACUUCGGCGGCGUGUUGCUCGAUCAGCGCCACUACUACCGGCAGUACUUUGUGGUGCAUACGGAGCCGGAGAAGGUGAAGUGGAGAGAGCAGAUUUGCUUGAUUGAUGAGAUUAUGACACCCGAGAAGUGCAUCUGGUAUUUUGAGCAGGAGCCAAAGGGGAACAGAUUUGAUUUUUAUGAAUGGGCGUUUCCGGCGAAGAUAGAAAGGGCCGAUUCAGGGGUUUAGUCUCCCUUAUCCGAAGAGAUUCGGAGGAGAGAGGGACGUGCUAAUGGCCGCGAUGCAAGGACGAGGUUUUAUCAUGUUUGGAUACCGUGAAGGGAUGAAGCCAUCGAUCAUGGUACAGUGCCAGAAUAGACAGCGUGACGAGCCAGUCGCCACGUCUCCACUG